GAUGUCGAUAUGAUUGACGUGGACUUUGAAUUCUUUGACUUGGCACCCAUCGACUUUCAUGCGCUCAACACGCUUCUCAAGCAACUGAUGGGUCCAGAUGCCAUCAAGUUUGAGCUGGGUGCCUUGGCUGAUUUGUUAUUGGCAAAUAAAAUUGGCUCAACAGUCAAAGUAGACGGCGAAGAGUCUGACCCGUAUGCCUUCUUGACGGUUCUGAACCUGGAUGUUCACAAGGAGCACGAGCAGGUCAAGCUAGUCAAAGACUACCUUUUGUCAAAAGUAAGAAAGCUUGACAAAAUGCAUGCUCUUAUUGGCAAAGCUGGCGCUCAGGUUGGCUUGAUCUUCAGUGAGCGACUUAUCAAUAUGCCUGUUGAGGUUGCUGGACCUCUAUACCGCAUCCUCGGCGAAGAAAUAACAGCACGGCAAAAAACGGGCAAAGCUGAGGAUAAGCAGUAUGAUCUCAGCCAUUAUUUGGUCUGGUCCAAGUCAUACGUAGAGACUGCCUCAAAGCUCGAUGAGGAAGAUGACCGGCCCAGGAAGAAGGGCAAACAGCCCAAGCAGGCCGCCAACAAGGAAGUCUUCUUCUUCCAUCCAGAGGAUGAGAUCUUGAUCAAGCAUGCCUCGCAUCACAUCAACUUCCCAUACAGCAACGCAGCACCAGAGUCAGACUCAAAACGGGCGUUUCAUGACUUUGGCAUCCAUCCUACAGGCGAGCUGAUCCUGCUCACC